AUAGACACAAAACCAAAGACAAUAAAAGUUCGUUUUGAGGAUAAACAUGAAUAAUCGUUCCAAGAGGGACACAAAAAAGAUCAACUACAAGAAAUUGAACGAUUCAGGGAUGGCAGACGUGGGCGAACAUAAUUUAAAAAUAGAAAAGUCGACCGAAGUAACCCAGUUAGAGGCUACAGCAGAAGUACAUGUAAACAAAAAUGGCGUCCUACAGUUGCUCGAGGACGAUGAAAUCGAUGAAGACGAGCUUUCACACAUGAAGGAAGAAAUUGAAAAUCUAAAGAGACAAGAAGAACAACUGCGCAAAAAACAGGACUUUCAUGAAACAAAAAAGCAGCUGGAAAAACAGAAGGCGAAGAUCGAAUCCCUGAAGGACAGACAGAUGGGUCAACUUGGUGAGGAAUUGAGAGCUUCAAAUAGACGAGCUUAUGCUGAGGGAUCCAGGAAAAAUUUGAAGAUCCAGUGGGAAUCAUUUCUGUUGUUUUGCUUACAUUUUGGAAAUCAGAAUAGACUGAUUCAUUGUGCAGUCAUGUAAAGGCAGUAGGUAAGAAACUGCAUGUUGUCGUUAGAUGUUUAUAUAUGAUCAGUUAUAUAGGUUGUCUGUCAUUGCUGCUUUAGUUUGCACGCUUUAUAUUAUUUCAGUAAUUGAAUGGACACGCUUAUUAUGUGCUAUUGUUUUAUUGUGUUGCUUUUAUUGUAUUGUUUGUUUGUGUGUGUUUGGCAUUAUGUUGGCUUUUGCAUGAAUAUUCUAUGAAUUAUUACAUGUGACUUAUAAUUGUCUUAAAUGAAAUUGUAUGUAUGAUCAAAUUAUCUAUUUGAUUUACAUUACUUCUUGUUCGAAUUGGAAAUUCGAUAAUGAUAAUAUUUGAAUUAAUUUCGCUGUGUUACAAGGACAAUAAAAAUUUAACUAUUAUUGAAUUUGUCAUUCAUUGUAGUUAUAACUUUAUAUAAAUUCUCACUGAGGAAAACUUAAGGAAAGAAAUUGGCUAAUUUUAAUCUUGAAUUAAAAUGUUUAAUUUAUGACGCAAGUUAAUUCUGUUUACAAGUUCUCACUAUACCUUUCUAAAAAUAAUGUUGAGCGAUGUUCACUUUCAACUUUUUUAUGAUUGGUCGAAUUGCUAACUCGAGCGCACGGGUUUUCGAAAAAUAGUUCAUACUUGUUUUUGUAAGCGUGAAACACACAGCGUUAAAAAAUUUGAAUUUCCCAGUCCCACCCUCCCAAAUUAAGUAGUUUAAUGAAAAUCAUUUUAUAUACAUGUAAUAGGUCAUUGUGAGAUAAGAUAAUUGAUAAUUUGUUAAUGCUUAUUAACUUGCUUUGUGUCUAUGUUUGUAUAGUGCUUUGCAAUUAUAAAAUUAUUUGUUUAUUUACAUAUUUAAUAUUUGUUUUCAGCUUGAAUUGUUAUUAACAUAUUGUAUAAUGCUUGUAUUAUGCUUUGAAUGCUUUUGCAUGAAUAUUCUAUGAAUUAUUACAUGUGACUUAUAAUUGUCUUAAAUGAAAUUGUAUGUAUGAUCAAAUUAUCUAUUUGAUUUACAUUACUUCUUGUUCGAAUUGGAAAUUCGAUAAUGAUAAUAUUUGAAUUAAUUUCGCUGUGUUACAAGGACAAUAAAAAUUUAACUAUUA